AUGAAGACAACGGUCUGGUGGUUUUAAUAAGGGUUGGGGAAAUUAUGUUGGUUUAUUUCAUCACUUUUGUAUUUUUGUUUUUUUAUAAAAUGGAAGCUGGUCCAAGUGCGAUCGGUUUCGAGAAAUCUUUAUCUAAACUUGAGUAUAAUUCAAACACAUUUCUAAAGCAUCUCAACCAACUUCUAAAUUCUGUUAAUUUUAACAAAUUUAAGAGUAAUACCUCUGGACUAGAAUAUGCUAAAUUUUGCUCCACUAUGGCUUUCGUUCUUUGUUCCCUUCACUACAUAAAACUUAAGCUAGAAGGAGGGAAUGUCGGCUCUCAUCCAGUAUCUAACAAUUUGAAUCGAAUCAAAUGUUAUAUGAAACAAAUCAAUGACAAACAAACUCAGGGGAAAAGGGUUAAUAAGGUUCGAAUAAAUAAAGAGGCCGUAAAAAGGAUUAUAAAUUCUUCAAGAUGACCAAUCUUUAAUUAAAGUUUUAAUUUUAAAUAAAUUUUGUAAGACUCCCUUUAA